AGGGAUAAAAAUAUUUUUCUUUUUUCUUUUUUUUAAGAAAAAAAAAAUCCGAUUUUUCCAAAAUAUUUUAUAAUACGAAAAUUAAAUACACAAAUAUCAAAAAAUUUUUAUUGCGCAAAAUAUGGGUAAUAAAAAUUCACGGCAAUCCUCUUUUAUUGCUGGAAGAAAAAAAUGUAAAUACCCUUACUUACAUUGGAAACGCUUGCGCGAUAAUGAGGCUUGGUGUCGAUGUGAUUCCCAACGAUUGACAAAAGGUUGGACCAGUGGUCAUAAAGGAAUUGACCAAUUCAUGAAAGAAACGCAACUUAAGGCUAAAAAUAGAACGGAUCCAUUUUUAGAAUGGAUUCCGUACAAUCGGUUUAUUAAUAUUAACGAAAUCGGCGAAGGUGGUUUUAGUAUUGUUUAUUCAGCUGAAUGGUAUGAUCUUGAAAAGAGACUUUCUUGGGCUGCUCCUUCGAAAGCUAGACCUGUUGCAUUGAAAAGCAUCAAAAAUUCACAAGAUAUGACAUCAGAAUAUAUUAACGAGCUUCAAACUCAUUAUCGUUGUGUUUCUGCUACACCAUCUCAUGUUGAAAAAAUGAGAUUUGAUCAUGGAUUCCUCCGGUUUUUCGGAAUUACUCAAGAUCCAGAAACUCACGAUUAUAUUAUGGUGACUGAAUUAGCACCAUAUCAUGAUCUACGUAAUUUCCUUCAAAAUGAUUUUGCAGGCCUUGAUUGGUCCAGUAAAUUAUAUUUGCUUCGUAAUAUUAGCGGAAAUCUCUUAACGAUUCAUAAAGCUGGGUUUACACAUCGAGACCUUCACCCCGGAAACAUACUUGUAGGCCAGGUUAAAAAAGACGGAAAAAUUGUGACCGUAGCUAAACUUGCUCAUUUAGGUUUGUCUCGUCCUGCUAAUAAAGGAGGAGCGUUGGAUGGAUUAUACGGAGUUUUGCCUUAUUUUGCUCCAGAAGUAUUACAAGGAAAAAAGUAUACAAAAAGCGCCGACAUAUAUUGUAUUGGAAUUAUUAUGGCAGAACUUUCGUCUGGAAUCCCGCCAUUUGUUGAUCGUCCACACGAUACAAAACUUGCGAUUGAAAUUUGUGAAGGCUUAAGACCUUCAUUCGCUGAAGGAACUCCUGAAAAUUAUGUCAGAUUAGCGACUCAAUGUUUCCACAUGAAUCCUUCUGAACGUCCGGAUGCUAGAUUUUUAGCACACACAUUCAAUAAUUGGUGGAAUUUAACUCAAGAAGACAAUGUUUUAUCUAAUGCUUUUAUUACUGCUGAUGAAAAGAUAUCCGAGUUGGAUACUAGUUUUAAUAAGCAUCCUGAUGCAAUUUAUACGAGUCGUCUUAUCACCUUUGAAAACAGUGAUUCCAAUUCUUCUGAUAAAACUUUAAAUUAUUUACCACCAAACGUGGUUAAACAAAUUUAAAUAUCCUAUUUUACAACUCCAAUUUUCAUAGUAUUUUAUUGCUUUUUGUUUUCAUUUGUACAUAAAACUUAGGCGAGUAAUUUAACACGAAUCAUGACAUCAUGCCAAAAAAAAAUAAAAAUGAUACAAUCUCAUUAUUUAAAAUGUAAUUUCAAUAAAUUGAUUAUUAAGCUU